AUGAGCUUGGAAAGAAUAGAUGCAAGCUCAGCGACAUUCACAGAGCCCACGAAGCGCAUCUUCGACUCUCGGGGUUCCCAUGUUUUUCAGUCGUCUGUUGCCAUGGGGCGCUUGAAGUCCUACCUGCACAAGUAUGUGAGCUCGAUGAGCGGUGUGAAAAUCCCAGAGACCAGCACCAACCACGAGGUACGCAGCUUCGCGGAACUUCUGAAAACGCUCUCGGAACUUGUGGAUAGCACGCCUGCCCUACCCGGUCCCAGGCGCUACGGGAACUUAGCGUGCCGAACAUGGCACGAUAAAGUUGACGAAAGCCUUGAGGCGCUGCUGCACAAGUUUUUGCCGGAGCCAUGUCAUAAGAGUAUUGUGGAACUACAAUACUACCUGGGUAACGCCUUCGGCUCGCGAGAACGUUUGGACUACGGUACUGGCCAUGAGCUUUCGUUUUUCGCAGAAAUUUGUGCCCUAGAUAUGCUAGGCGUCUGGGGCGCGGACUUCCAAGCCAGUGAUGUGCUAUUUUUGUUUGACAAGUAUUACGCGUUGGUCAGGAAGCUGGUUCUAACGUACACCCUGGAACCUGCGGGCUCCCAUGGCGUCUGGGGGCUGGAUGACCAUUUCCAUCUCAUAUACAUUUUUGGCGCUUCACAAUGGGUUGAUGGAAAAUGUGCCCCGAUCGCCCCCAGAGAGGUGCAGGAUAAACUAAUUGUUGAUGAGUAUACAAAAACCAACUUCUACUGCCAGGCCAUCUCCUUUAUAUUCCAAGUGAAAUCGGGUCCCUUCUCAGAGCAUUCACCAAUGCUUUUUGAUAUAUCGAGGUCGGUGCCUACGUGGUCCAAAGUACAGCGAGGGCUACUAAAAAUGUACUUCGCGGAGGUGCUAAACAAGUUCCCUGUCGUACAGCAUUUCUGGUUUGGCACAGGGCUAUUCCCCUGGACCAGCCUUGGUGAUGGUUACGCUUUACCUACUUACGAAGCAUCUCAGGAAGCACAGGGACAGGUACUCCAGCAUACGACGGCCCCGGCGCCCACGAACUUAAAUUCGGCCCGACGCCAGAUGAACCCGCCCAAUUUGCGCGGCAUUAAUCGACUCACGUCGCAAGAUCGGUUUAGAAGAGAAUAA